AUCUUGUCCCUGUAACGUUGACUCUCCAUUUGAGCUCCCAGGUGUGAAUGCGUCACAUACCAUACCACCUUGAUACGACACAACCAUCAGCGGAAUGCAAGGCUUUGGAUACGGCAAAUACUAUCCUCCAGAUUUUGAUCCGAAGAAGCACAAGACGCUCAAUGGAUACGCCGGUACUCAUGCGUUGGGUGAUCGGGCACGGAAGCUAGACAAAGGAAUUUUGAUUGUCCGGUUUGAGCUUCCGUUCCAUGUUUGGUGCACCAAUUGCGACACGCUCAUCGCACAAGGUGUUCGAUUCAAUGCAGAGAAGAAGAAAGCAGGAGCGUACUAUACAACGCCAAUAUGGAGCUUCCGGAUGAAAACAGCAUGCUGUCAAAGUUGGCUGGAGAUCCAUACAAACCCCAAGGAAACCACAUACGAUGUCAUUUUAGGUGGCAAAAAGAAAGCAGAGGAAUGGGAUGCCGCGGAAGCGGGAGUUAUCAAGAUUAAAGACGCGGCAGAAGCCGAAAGGCUAGCAAGUGAUCCGUUUGCGCGAAUAGAAAAGGAAUCCGAAGACGUGAGGAAAGGCAAGGAAGCAGCACCGAGGAUCGCGGAUCUAGCUAAUGAAAGCGAACGGCAAUGGGCGGACCCUUACACUCAAUCCAGGAGGAUGAGAAACGUGUUCAGGACCGACAAGAAGGUUUUACGGGCAAAGGCUGCCGAAGCAGAAGAAAUCCAGAAGCGGAACAGUUUGUCCAUCAAAUUGCUGGAUGAAUCACCGAUGGACGCCAGGAGGGCUGCCCUUGUUGAGUUUGGUGCUCUGCAAGCGACGGAUGAAGCAUCAAAGAAACGGAAUGUACUAGCAGGAGCCAUGUUUCCUCGUGCGAAAAGAAAAGCGACGGCACCCGCUACUACUAGAGAGAGGUUGCAACAGGAAGUUGUGGCCAAUGCUCGUUUGUCAAAAGAUCCCUUUGUGAACAAGGCAGGUGUAUUGGAAGAUGAGAAGACGACCCUGCCAGCGGGCGUUAUGGUUGGUAAAGGAAAAAACAAGGAAAGUUCGUUAAGAAGUGAGAACAGCAGUGAAAGGUCAAGUCCAUGUUUGGUUGCCUAUGGCUCGGAUGACGAAGAGGGUUGA